ACUGAGUGAGGGCGCUCUUUCGACCACUGCUGCCGACAAGCUUCUCAAACACCAACAAGCUAGGCUGAAAUAAACUGACGAUUUCAGGUCGCUGAAUCAACAAGAAAAAAACAUAGCACCCGUAUCAACCUUUCACAUCCCACUCCAAACACACUAACACGGCAUUGAUGGUAAUGUAUGCAAGGAAACAACCGAGACUCGGCGAUGGGUGCGACCGAAGAGAUUCUCAGCCCUAUCAGACUCUCAAAUACUCGUCUAAGAGCCAUCCAGGAGGGGACCACCGACAUGAAAAGAUGCGAGACUCCUCAGAUGUCACUCCUCCCUGCAAAAUGCUCAGGAGGUCUGACAGCCCCGAAAACAAACACAUGGACAGCACAGGUCACAGCAGAGCGAAGGCUGUCCACACACACCGGGCCAGAGACAGGGAUGGAGGGACCAGUUAUUCUCCACAAGAAAACUCUCACAACCACAGUUCCCUUCAUAGCUCCAACUCACAUUCUAACCCCAGCAAGACCUCAGACACACCUUACGAACCUGGCGACGACUGGUCAGAGCACAUCAGCUCAUCCGGAAAGAAAUACUAUUACAACUGUAGGACAGAGGUGUCCCAGUGGGAGAAGCCCAAAGAAUUGCUGGAGAGAGAACAGAGGCAAAAAGAGCCAACAAAGACAGUUGUCAACAGUUUCCCCAAAGACAGGGACUACAGAAGGGAGGCUAUGCAAGCAUCGGCUGCCCCUGGCUUUACUGGUGCUAAGUCAGCCCAGAUGGAGAAGCCCACAGCUACCCAGUCCCAGUCCUCAUCCUCAGGCUCAGGGAGCUUGAACCCGUCAUCGGGACCCCCCGGAUCAUCCGCCUCCACGGUUCCCGUAUCCCCGGUCCUGCAGUCCCCCGCCCCUCCGCUACUCCAGGACCCCACCCUGCUUCGCCAACUCCUCCCAGCACUUCAGACUGCCCUACAGCUCAAUAAUGCCAGCGUGGACAUGGCAAAAAUCAACGAAGUUCUCACAGCUGCAGUCACACAAGCUUCAUUACAGUCGAUGCUCCAUAAGAUCCUCACUGCUGGACCAUCAGCUUUCAAUAUCACUACUAUCCUCUCUCAAGCUGCUCAACUCUCCAACCAAGCAGCUCAGCAAUCAAACCAGUCACCAAUGUCAUUAACAUCAGACGCGUCGUCGCCCAGGUCCUACGUCUCUCCGAGGAUCAGCACACCACAGACCAACGCCGGUCCUCUUAAACCCCUCCUCAGCACGCAGCCCGUCAUCUCACAGCCAAAAGAGAGCACGCCAGCAGUGAAGCAGGCAUCUCAUCCCCGGCCAACAUCCCAGCAGCCCCUCACCAGCGAUAAGCAGCACAGUCACGAUGCCACCACGGCCUCCCCGCGCACCCUCCAUCGCCAAGGCAGUCAGAGGAGUCCCUCCCCGGGUCCCAACCACGUCUCCUCCGGCAGCAGCAACGCCCCCAACUCUGCCUCUGCUCCCCCCACCUCCUCAUCAUCCCGGCACACCUGCACCUUCACCCCCACCCUCGCCGCCCACUUCAAUGAGAAUCUUAUCAAACAUGUCCAGGGUUGGCCUGCAGAGCAUGCAGAGAAGCAGGCAUCAAGACUACGUGAAGAAGCUCACACUAUGGGGAGCAUCUGCAUGUCUGAGAACUGCACCGAGCUCAAAAACCUCCGUUCUUUGGUCAGAGUCUGUGAAAUACAAGCGACAUUACGCGAGCAGAGGAUACUGUUUCUGAGACAGCAAAUCAAAGAACUUGAAAAGUUGAAGAAUCAGAAUUCUUUCAUGGUCUGAGAACUUCUGAUGGCGGAGUUCAACUUCUGGUUGGGGAGGGGUCGGGGAAAGAGAGGGGGAGUGGGGAAGGGUAGAGACCCAUUGCACAUAGUCGGAGGCUGGAGGGAGAGCAGUUGUCGAGUUCCUCUUGAACCCAGUCUUAACACACACAGGAGCUGCUGUCGGUUUUGGCUUUGGACCGUUUGGGGCUGGGAGAACCAAGAGGGAGAAAACGAAAAGCUGGGAGGAGGUGGUGGAGGAGGGGGAGGGGUGAUUUACAAGACUGUGGUUUUGUAAAAACCCCACGGUGGAAAAAAAAUGUAGAUUUCUUGUAGAUGUUAUUAUCUAUGUUGUAAAUAUGUUUUGUAGAUUGAAGCCAUGGAAAGCCAUGCCUAUCAAAGCUUUUGACAUCCAAACUAAUCAACGCCUAGGCGGCUACAUUCAUUAGCUAGCCUUUUCCUUCAUGUUAACUCGUCCGCAGACUUUUAAAAAAAAAAGCUUCAUUUCGUCAACUCAUAGAUCAUUGAACCAUUGAGCAUGUACGUGCGCGAGUGUGUGACCCGCAUGUAAACAGAGAAGGAUGUUAGAAGCCAUUUACUGACACAGAAGCCGAGCAUAAAGCAGAACACACUGGCGUCUCUCCUCAAAUAUUGAUAACCGAUUAGCGUCUGGAUUCUUCUUCUUCCCUCCGCCCUCAGGGGUGAACUGUAACUGUAACGUCGCUCUCAGGCAGGGUAAACAUCCCCCCUCUUCCAAAGCAGGUCUAGCAUCAGCGCUCCCAAUGGUUCAGUGAUCUAUACGCAGCUUCUGGUGGCCCUGCAAUUUCCUCCCCUGGUCUGAGAAAAGAAAAACAGUGCCUGGUGGUGUGGUGGAGUGAGUGAUUUUCAAAAAAACAAAAAAAAAGGAAAAAUUAGAGAUGGUGUGCUGCUUUUUUGGACCAUUCCCACUACCCUCCCCUGGCCUCAGCCCUGCUACCCUGCCACAUCCUCUCCUGAGACAUCAACACCUCUCACACCCUCCUUGUAGUUUUUUUUUUUUCUUUUUACUUUGUGUUCCAACCUUUUCUUUUUGUUCCUUUUUUCUCUUUUUCUCCCUCUGAAUAUGUAAUGAGCUGUACGUUUUCAAGCUGAGGUGGUACCACUGGUUCAUUCCUUUUUGUACAGUCGCUACCAUUACAGUGGAGUUUUUAAGAAGAGGAAGCCAAAUAAUAAUUAAAAAAAAGGUUUUAUUUAUAUAAAAGAGUUGUAGUGACGAGCGGUAAAUAUGUUCUGAAUGAUAUCCACAGUUUUUCAUUUUGCACUCGGUGGUGUUACCAUGAAUCGAGUGAGAGGGGGGAGGGGAUGCUGAUCACCUCUCAAUUCAGAGCAGGGCAACGAGGUCACAAGGUCAAAAAAAUGUGAAAUGUACGUAUUGUAAUAAACAUGUUAAACUAAAGCGAGCACUGGUUAUUUUAUUGGAGUGUUAGGUUUGGUUCAUAUGCUAGUGCCUUGUUGAAAGUCUUAAAAAGUGUCACAACCUCAUUUGCCUACACCCCCCUCACCCCCCACGCACCUGUUGACUUUUCUUUUAACUUUUAUUGACCAACCAGAUCUUCAACAAGCAUGUCAUACACAGGGUUGUUUUUUUCUUAUAGCACAUGCCCUCUUUUUGUCUGUUCUUCACUGUUUAAGAGCAGGGUCCUAAGCUGCAGAGGCCUGUUUUUGUUUUUGUUCCCCCCCCCAUACUAUCUAUGGAGUCUAUAACUGAGCUGCACCACACAUUCAGUAAAGGUGACCACAUCAUUGCUUUGUAUAUUGUUUCCUUGAACUAUACUGACAAAUGAAAUAAAAUAUGCCUCUCCAGGGCCGUGUUUUGUUCUUGGGUUUUUGACGGUCCCGUUUGAGGGUAAAGCAGUGGUCCUGUAACCCCCAACAGCCAGAUCACAUGAAGUCAAGUACCCCUUCAUCCGCUGCAUUAAAACAUGCCCUUAUGAAUGUGA